AUGAACAGCAGCAACAGCUUUGCAGACGAGUCCACCCAGUUCGGCAACAACUACAUGUUGGCUGCCACGGGCGACGCGAACAUCGACCCCAUGCUCAACGCGUGCACGACCGAGGACCCGAUCCCACCCUCCAGGCCCAUGGGUACUCAAUUCAUGAUGAAUCCUGCCAUGUGGAAUCCAGCUCUGAAUAACCCAGUUGGCUUCUUCCCCCCUGAGCUGUCGACGGUGGUACCGACGACCUCCACGGGUAGCCCGAGACCCCCGACCGAGGCGCAGUCAUCGCCUGGAACCAUAUCAAGCGAACCAGUUUUCGAGACAUCACGUACCUCGAGCAAGUCUUCUAUACCAUCUAUCAACUCGAUAGCGAGCGAGACGAAUACCAAGACUCGAAAGAGCACGAGGAGCACCAACUCGCACCGUCGACGAGCAUCAGCCGCAUCUCCGCCACGUCGACCAGCUGCAAAAGAACCAGUUGUCGAAGAAGAGGAAGAGGAGGAAGAUAUGGACGACCACCAGUCGUCGAAAAGGAGCAAGUUUUUGAAGCGCAACAGGAUAGCAGCGUCCAAGUGCCGACAGAAGAAAAAGGAGUGGGUGAACAACUUGGAGGAGACGAGAUCUGAACUGGAGCAUCAACACUCGACCCUCCAGACAGAAUACAACGAUCUUCUUGGAGAAGUGAGCAAGAUGAAGAACCAACUGAUGCAGCAUGCUGGUUGCAACGACUCCAACAUCAACCAGUGGAUAGAGAAUGAGGCAAGAAAGUUUGUUCAACGGACGGCAGCCGAGUACCACACGGGCCAGGCGCACUGUAGUGAGUCGGAGAUCAACUACGACCACAUGCCCGACGAUAUGUUGGAUUAA